AGCAACGGCCGAGGCAGUAAAACAAUGAGACGCAGACAAAUUGGGUUGCGUGCUCGAAACAAGUUGGCACAGCUAUCGCCAAACAGUCGUGGGAGCACGGCAAAUGUUGCUCGAUUGCCCGGAGCUCGAGACUCCUCCAUUUUUUCCCGCCGACGCUCGGGACUUCCUGGACGGGCGCGGGUCGAGGAGAGGCGAAAUCGAGGAAAAACGACAAACGUCUCACGGGGUGCCUCCCUCUCCUCCUACAUCGGUUCUUUCUCUCUUACCUCUCUUCGUUUCGUCCAACACACGACUCUAACCGAGUUAGACGAUGCACCUGCAAUAACGCCCUAUCUUGUCUGAGCCCUUCUUCACCGCGCCGCUCUUGUAAACGAUAUCGACGAAACUGUAAAUAAUUUGUCGACGUAUGUCGAUACCUCGUGUCUCGAUAAAAAUGUCUCGUUUAAAAUGAUCAAUUCUUAUCGGUGUUAUAACACUGAUAUCGAUCACCUGUGGUAUACAUCAUGAUGCACGCGCGCGCGCGCGAAAGAGAGAGAAAGAGACCCUUCUUCCCUUCUUUCAAAAUAAACUCUGAGCAUAAACAACAAUAUUUCUAUCCAAAUUACUUGUUCUUACCUUUAAAAUAAUUGCAUUGUCGACAAACACCACGCAUAAAUAUGAUCGUAAUAUAUGUGUAAUACGUUGCAUCUGUAUAGAGGUUGCCGAGUAAAGAGGUGACUUAAAAUCUUAACUAUCUUUUAGCUUCUCGAUCGCUGGAAAAUACAGCGGUCGCAGUUUCCGACAGGAAUUUCUUCGUCUUCGCGACGAUAAAUUCCAGAAGCCGGCUAUGAAAAAAUCAGAAAAGUCGGGACGACCCUCUUCCGUAGUUUUUGACUUUCUCAGUGUGCGAAGACCCGAGAGAUUGUAUAGAGGCAGCUUUGAAUAAACCGGAAACUCGCUCCAUCGUCGGCCCUGUCCCUUACCUGUUCCUCUGCUUCUGAAUCGCGCGACUUCGGAACCCUCAUUUUCGUCGGUACGCGUGUGCGUUUAUUGUUGAGUGCCUGCGCUCAAAUGCGCACUCUUUCUCUCCUUCUUACUUUUCUCGCGAUUGGAUACAACCUGCGAUUCUAUUCAGCGAGACGCGCGAUUCCGACAAAUCGUCUACUUUGGAUAGUCGACUCGCUCCGGAGAUCAAAGGUGUGGUCAAUCGUUGUAUAAAUGAGCUACCUAAACAUCUCCUCAAAGUGCAAACGACACCGUUUGAAAGAAACGGAGACUGUAAAAAGAGACUGCCGCAUCAUAAAUAUCAUAAAUAUCAUAAAUAUCAUAAAUAUCAGAUGUUUCGUUCUUUCUUUGAUUUUGCGAAAUUUGCGUAGGAUGCAAUCAGUCGCGUCGCUUUCUCGCUGAUUAUCAUCAGGAAUAUUUCGACAUCUUUCACCUUCGGCAAUUAAUAGCAUCGUGCGCAAUGCGUAUAAUAUGGCAACGCGGACAUUACCGCGAUAAUGUUUUAUCUGUGAUCGACCACAUCGACAACCGUCGCGAAAAAAGGUCACGUCAAUCCGAUCGCAUCGCGGAAUUAUUUUUACGCGCGUAAUUCCGACGGAUGAUACACGUCCGCCGUAUUCGCGAUAAUCGCAAAAUAACGCGCUUUACUGCUCCGUGACCGACGUAACAAAUGCGUGUCUGCGAAUAAUAAGUGGGUGGCGUACAAAAAGAAAUCAGGUCACCUGAAUGUGUGGCGCCGACGUGUUCUUUCUCUCCUCUUGUCGCGCGCGCGCGCGCGCGAAUACGAUUAUCGUGGAAAAAGAACCGAUAGUCACGGAUUGUCACGCGCGUAAUAAACGCUUCGCUAUAAAAUUAGCCGCUGUAGCCUACUUUUUGGUUUACUACUCGGAAAAAGAAUCCAUACAACUUUACCCAGUAACAGUAUAAAUAUCUAAGAGAGGUAUACAAAAGAUAUCUUCCUUGUUUUAGACGUAUUUUGGGUGUCUUUUAGACGUCUCUCAGACAUAUUUCACACAUUACCUGCUUGUUAAAUUAAUUAACGAACAAUACGGAGGAAAACUUGGUUUGUUCGAGACACGCCUCAUGAUAAAUCAAAUUUAUCUCCAUCGAAGGGGGCGAUUAAAAGUCGAAAAGUCCUUUCUAAACUAACUUGUAAAAUAACUCACCAACAUUUAUUUAUUCUGAAGAACCAAUGUCUGUAUAUUUAAUACAUAUGGAAACUCAAGUUCUACUUGGCUCUUCUGAAGAGGAUCUCUUGGCAAAGCUAGCAGUUUAGAAUGAAAAGAGGUUGGUAUAAAGUAAGUGUUAAAUGAAAUAUUGAGGUCCAAAGAGAAGAAUGAAAAUGCCGACUCGAAUCACUCCCUUCGAAUAUACUCCAAUUUACACCUUUUUUGGCUUCUCGUCCACAAGUAAACGAACCCCUAAAAGAGGACAGCGCUGGUCGAUCAUACGCGCGAUCCCGUUUACGUCUGCGUAACACUCGGUCGUAAGUCGCGACCGGGCUUCUCUAACCCAGUUUUGCGUAUCAAUAGACGGCGAUCUGAGUGCCGGUGGCAGCGGGAUGGAGAGGCGAAAGGAAGAGGACGGGGGGGAGAGAGAGAGAGAGAGAAAGAGGGCAGGGCGAGAAAGGGAGCGGUGAAAAAUCGAAAUGACACAGUAAAAGCACCGCUAAUGCUCUUUCACAUUAACACUCGACGUAAAGUAUGCUCUCGGUGUAAAAAGCCCUGAUCGAUGAAGCCCGACGAUUGGCCCGCUAGCCCGGCAGGAUUGAAAUCAACCCCCGGACUGUCGGCCGAGGGUUUCCCCGACAUGAGACCGUCUCAUUGGUCGAGCGACGGCACCACCCCUUGGUAACAUAGCCCGGUAACGUUACCAGUCGCGUCGAGUCCCGCGAACAAGGGUUACCCUCUUCGUCGAAGGUUGCUCCGAGCGGCGAGCGAGACUCUGGGCGGCGAGUCUGUGGAUCGCGUUAGCUGUACACCUCAUUUAAUUGAACGUGAAACCGUCAACAGUCAAAAUAAAUAUUCCGAAUGUUGACUUAAUCAGUGUUGAUGCUGAAUUUGCAAUCGUGCUGGGACGAAAGGAAGCGAUCAAAAAUUCUAUAACAGUCCGACCCGGUCAAGUUGAGGACGCAAAUUUGACCUGCGGUUUUCAACGAAUCGCUUUACGGAUUUGUCCGAUUGUCAGACCUCGAAUUUUCAAAUUGUGCCCAACUAUUCGCGAGCGAAAUACGUGAUAUAAAUAAUCGGACGUUUCGUUCGAGCGAAACGAGACGACAACUGACGAGACGGUAAAGGAGCGGCGAGAACGGCCGUUUUCUCAUUCCAAGCUUCUCCCGCGGGGAACGUUUCCGUAAUUCACCAUCGGGUGUCGCCGGCAGGGUGGGAAUAGAGCGAGCUAGUCGGGGAUGAACGAGAAAUCUCCGCCUCCGUGCCAGAGAACCGCCCCGUACUUCGAGGGUGCUUGACGAGGGAAACUGCACGGAGGUAGGGAACACACUAGUCGUCAAGUGCUCGUCGAGGAUACUCAAAAACUACAAGAAGAGUCCUUCAGCAGCUUCGAAAAGGAGGCGGCAGCCUUUUCGAGUCCCUCACCCGACUCCCGUGCCACUCCACGAGAGAAUACCUCCUAAACAGUUUUUAAUCGCGUUUUGCACAAUUUUCCUGUCCCGAAAACGCGACGAAUUACACGGUAGUGUUAUGUGACGAACGUGGGAAAUCAGUGAAAAAGAGCAGCCUCGAGAGAAUAUCGCGUACUGAGACGGAUAGGAUCACGGAAGGAAAGCAACAUUAUUGAACGCGUGCGAGAAAGCAAAGAUAAUCGGGACAUAAUUAAACAUAUCUAAUAUACCGUCAAUUCUUUUAUCGAGUGGAUUGUUAGGGAAAGAACGAAGCUGAAAUAAAGAAGGGACAAAGUGACGAAAAAGAGGAACUCUUGGAUUGAAAUUCAGUUAUCGGAGUUAAUUGUGCAGAUAAGGAAAUUUAAAUUAUAUACGGAUAUUAGUGGCAAAGAAGUACAGAGGAAAACAAAGCGUCUGAAGAUAAACCGUCGGCCAACUGUGUAUAACAUGUACUGACGCCAGUAAAACAACCCCCCUCGAAAUCUCCUCAAAAUGGCGGACAAGAAUAAGGUAGAAAAAAUUCUACCCUGGCCGAUUAUACCUUAUCCGAUCAGUGUUUGGAAUCAGCUUUGGUGUAACCAGCUCGUACUGAAUCCUAGGUUGCUGGAAGGUUGUAUCAAAGUACCGGCGAGGACAUCCAGCUUCCACAUCAGCGACAUUUUGGAAUUAAAUGACAACAAGCCGUCACAAGAAGAGACAAAUGUGCAAGGUGCGACAACAGUUCUAUCGGCGGCAAACGACAUGCCGUCGGCUUACCAACAACUUCUGGAGCAUACGUCCGCCAUGCUACAACCGGCUAUGCACGCUAAUUUGACCAGGAGUACGCUACCACCACCUCCACCCGGAUUAUUAGGAUGGACAACGGGACCGGCAUUGCCGACGGCGUUACCUCAACCCUUGGAGGAAGUGAAUGUUCUCCAGCAACCGGACUCGACGAGCCCAGCGAUCUCGGACUUGUCGUUCCCGUCACAGCAGGAGAACAGCCACGAGUCGAAGGACGAGGAGUCGCAGGAUUUCGAAGACGAGCAGCAGGGUAACGAAACACAGACGCACGAGACCGAGCACAAAAAGCGCAAGCGGCGGGUACUGUUCUCUAAGGCGCAAACCUUCGAACUUGAACGGCGCUUUCGUCAGCAGCGGUACUUGAGCGCGCCCGAACGCGAGCAUCUCGCCUCCAUCAUCCGACUGACGCCAACCCAGGUGAAGAUCUGGUUUCAAAAUCACAGGUACAAGACCAAGAGGGCAGCUAGUGAACGUAUCGAGGCCGGCGGCAGCGGCUGCUCGCCAAGGCGAGUCGCCGUGCCGGUGCUGGUGAGAGACGGCAAGCCUUGCCAGUCUAAGAUGAUGGAACCCACGGGGUAUCCCGGUGGCCAGGUCCCCAUGGCACCGUACAUACAAAAGUACUGGUGGUAGGACAAGCGGCGCCGUGGUCGGACAGCAGCGACCCGUGGAUGGAUCUUUUUCUGAGGGCGGUUCAAAGUGAUGAUCCGUAAUGAUGAUUCUGCUAAUCAUCGGUGAUUCUCUCGGUGAUUUCUCGACUCGAAUCGAGAAAUCGCGGUCACACGAGAAGACGCGGUCGGACGCGGAAAGACGUGAUGGGAUCGUGCAACGCGAAUGUGCGGCGAUUCUAAUCGGGCGUGAUGAUAGUGUUAAUGACUGUCGGUUAAUUAGUCGGUGUUAUCCACUCUAAUAUCUCGGCGGACGAGCGUUAGUAGGUGAAAAAAACAUGGGAACAAUUCGCAAACAGUUUCGACUACGUGCCUGUCGAUUAUCAGCCGCGACUGGCAACCACGACAAUUUCCAACAAUUAUUCGUCCUGCGACGAAAUGAGAGAACUAAAUAUCGUUACCAAAGUGAUUGGCUAUGUGUGAUUACGCGGUGUACUUGACCACCGCGUAUAUUCGAAGCCGAGAGCCUUGAAUGCACUUGAACGCGCGAAACAAUGCACUUCGUUUCAAAGCUUCCUUAGUAUUUCAUAAAACAUAAAGCUUCGCUCGAGGUUUUGCGGUGAUAAACGUGCGCGAAAUUUUAGUGAAGGAAGCGACGUUUUUGAAAUAAUUAACAUAAUUUUGAGGCACGUAAUAUUUCUAGGUAAGUAUUUACCGUGCGUAAAACACUAACGAAACUCUGCUGGCUUGAUCGCCGAAUGAUGUGCGAUAAAUAUUCUUGAAAGACGUGAAUUUACGAGCGAACAUAUCGCGAUAUACUAGUUUGCUAACACCUCGACGCGUGCUCACGAGCAUUUAGGAAUUAGAAGACGAUAUUGACGAUUCAGGAGAUGGUGAACCCUCGACGGAGAUUCCCUUAUCGAUGUUUGACGCGCAAAGUCAUCGAAAGGUAACUUUGAUGGAUAAUUUAACGCAGCUAUAGAUAAUUUCUUCGAGAGGCAUUUGAAGCCCGCCGCGGCCAAUUAGCGGGCAAGUGUCUCCCUUCUGCGAAGAGUAUUGAUAUUUACGAGAAGAGACACAGUGCGAAUAUAUACCGUCGGAUACCAAAGAUUGUUCGCGUCUAACGAGCUGAAUUCAUGUGAAUAGAUAAGCGAAUAAUGAAAUAGACGUAAGGAAACAUAGUAGAAGAUUCCCAUCUUUUCUUUUAGGUGAAUGGAUGUUGCGCUCGUAUAAAGUAAGAUGUUUGUACAAAAUUGUUAUAACACCUUACGAAGGAUCACGUAGAGAGUUCAAAUUAGUCCUUAGAAACGCGUCACGGCAGAAACGUAUACGUGCGCAGAGAAUUGCGAUUAGAUCCUGAAGCGCACCAUACAUCGGAAACAGUUUCCACAUAGAGUGCACGGCCAACUUCGAUAUCGUAUAAUUGAGCGUUCGCGUACCAUAAUCGACAAUUUCUUUCUAACGACGAUGAAUCAUAAGUACGUACAAAAUGGAUUACUGCCAGACUGGUCGAAGGUUAAAUUCGUGACUCAAUUGCGGUCCGCCGCGAUUCGAUCGACGGAUAAAUCAUUACGGUACACAACUCGUGGACGUUCCUUCGCGAUUCAGCUAACACUCGAUUCGCAACUCACCCCUUAUUUCCUUCCCUCCCUCUCUCUCUCUCUCUCUCUCUCUCUCUUCCUUCAAUCCCAAGGUUGAAUAAACUAUCUAUCUCUCUUUUUCUCUCUGUUGUCUCACUCAUCUCGUUGUUGAAAGACAAUAUAAUUGUGGUGUUUGAUAGGAUUCUCAAAGUAGAGUUUCGUACUCUUGUGAGGUUACUAACUACAAAGUCAAAUAUCUCCGAGUAUUCAGACUGCACGUGACUUUGUCAGUGAUUUCAACGUGUAUUUAUGACAAAGAAGAUGCUUUACAUAAAACCGAGACGACUCGGCUGAUAUUAAUACGGAUUUCUUUAGCAAAUCAUUAUUCUCGUUAAAGUUAAGAGUUAAUCGGAAUCUUAAAAUAGCACUUUGAGAUGACGAUGUAUUAAUAACGUUUAGGUUUGACGAGCUAAUAAGUAUUAUACGAUAUCCGACGCCGAUUGAACAAUGUAUUCAGCGCAAAAUAAUCAAACAAUUGAAUGUAAAGUCACGACAUCGCGAACAAUCGCAAAGAUAUCCCAAUUUUGUUCGCGCUUAAUCGAUAAGUCGAUUAUAUGUAGGUUGUAUAUAUGUACAUUGUGUAUGAUACAUAGUAAACUAAUAUAUCAGAAGCAUAUUUAAUAAAUCUGAAUCUUAAGAUCACUUAAGCCUU